AUGACGACGGAGGCUUGGUCUGACAGGCCAUGCCGUGUCGAGAGAGUCGAGAAUACGUUCGAAUCGAAGCCGGACGUGGGACAGCUGCAGUCGCAGAUGCAGAUGCGCGAGGCGAAGCCGUACAAAUGCACGCAAUGCGUGAAAAGCUUCGCCAAUUCGUCCUACCUCUCGCAACACAUGCGAAUUCAUCUCGGCAUCAAGCCGUUCGGACCGUGUCAAUAUUGCGGUAAAAAGCGCUUCCCGCCAAUCUCAUCAUUCCAAUCUGCAGUGGAGGCUUGCAAUGGACUGCCAGACGACAAUGCACGUAACAUAGAGAAUGGCCUCCUUCCGAACAACUGUGAAGAUAAACGGAAAGGAAUCCGCUUCGGGGAUUUCCUUCCUGAGAUCUGCUAUCUACUAAAGGCAUGGGACCUCAAUACGACCUUCCUUCAUACCAAUUCCAUAACGAUCAUAUGCAAGGCAGGAGGAAGGACUUCGCCUGAUCCCAAGUGA